AACCAGAAGAAGAAGACUCGAAGGCGAUUCACACCCCCUGACUCGGUGGCAGUCGCACAUGGAGUGAGGAUUGGAUCUGCUUGUCUACACACUUCUUUAUCAGCCAGCUCUCCUCUCUUGUUUUGAGCCCCGGCUGCUCCAGCGCAGGACCUCUUGAGAAGCUGCGCGGCUCUGCAGACUUUUAAACCCGUGGAUGCGUGACCUGGUGACGUCUUUUCCGGGUCCGGCACUGCUUUGGAGGCACCACAAAGAAACUUCAUGCAAGGCAAGGAUCAAAGAUGCAGUCUGAUAGAAUUAAAGAGGAGGGGCUGGAUGUGAUACCUGUCCAAAUUAAAGAGGAGGCCUCUGAACUGGAGCCUGUCCAAAUUAAAGAGGAGGCCCCUGAAGUGGAGGCUGUCCACGUUAAAGAGAUCUCUGAACUGGAGCCUGUCCACAUUAAAGAGAUCUCUGAACUGGAGCCUGUCCACAUUAAAGAGAUCUCUGAACUGGAGCCUGUCCACAUUAAAGAGAUCUCUGAACUGGAGCCUGUCCACAUUAAAGAGAUCUCUGAACUGGAGCCUGUCCACAUUAAAGAGAUCUCUGAACUGGGCUGGGUGCCAGUUACAGAACCGUACACAGAUUACAGUCCCCCAACGUUUGAUUUUGCCCCGGAGCAUCCAGAUAUACACCCUGCCGUGGAAAGUUUGAGUUCGUCACUGGAAUGCUUCCAAGCGUUUCUGCCUGAGAAAGUGAUCUCCUUCCUUUGCACUUGCACCAACAAACGCGCAGCUGAGUACUUCACAAGCAAGCCAGAUAAACAGAGAAAGGCCUUCGGACUGAAGUGGCGUGAUGUGCUACCUGAUGAGAUGUACGUUUUUCUUGCUCUUGUGUUCUUGAUGGGCAUAAACCAGCUACCAUGCAUGGCCGCCUACUGGUCACAGAGCAUUUUAAUGCGAGGCCCCCCUGUCUUCUGUAAAGAAGUCAUGAGCAGAAACCGCUUUCUGAGCAUCAUGAAGUUUUUGCGUUUCUCUGAACCGGAUCAGGUACGAAAGGGCCAGCCGCGUACCAGACUGGAGCCGUUCCUGUCCAUGAUCAGAAAGACGUCAAUGGAAUCGAUCGACCCGGGACAGCAUGUCGCCAUUAAUGAGGUGCUCGCCCUGCGGAAAUAUAUCAAAAUGAAAAGGACUCGAUCCGGAAUGAAACUGUUCUGCCUGUGUCCCGGUGAUCAGAGGCUAAGGGGUUACACAUGGGAUUUUCAAAUACGCAUCGACCGGGAUGAAGACGACGUUGUCUCGCGUUACCCAGGGGCAAGCGAACUGUGCGCACCCGAGAGGAUUGUUGUGUGUCUGGCAGAUCGUGUGCUAAAUCAAGGGCGUCACAUUGUUGUCGGCAGUUGGCACAUGUCCGACAGGCUCGCUUCAUUCCUGCUUACCCAGAAGACACACGUCACUGGGAGUGUUCGAUCAGAUGUGGGGGUGCCAAAGGAAGCUGUAGAAGAAAAACUCGACAAAGGAGAGACGCGUUUUGUUAGAAACCGUGACUUGCUGCUGGUUAGGUGGCGGGAUAAGGCAGAUGUAAAUAUUCUGACUACCAAGUAUGCAGCUGGAUUUGUUCAAAAGACCCGUGUCCUAACCGGGGGAGCAAGGGUGGGUUACAGCAAGCCAUUCCACAUCGAAAAAUACAGUGCGCUGCUGGGAGCGGUGGGUGCCUGCGAUCAGCAUUUGGAGACGUAUGACCCUUGCAGAAAAUCUCUGGUCUGGUUCAAAAAGCUAGGCAUCCACUUCAUCGCACGGAUGAUGCUGAAUGGUCGAGUGUUGUACCAGCUGCGCAUGGGGAAGGGGAAGAAGCCCUACUUGGAGUACCUCUUGCAGUGCUGCGAUGAAAUGCUUAUGAAGCACUGCGCCGGAUACGCGGGCUUGAAGCAGCUUUCCACCGCAAGAGAACGUCCCGCGACGCCUGCAGCGGACGCUCCCCUACACGCGUUCGUUUCGAUUCCUCCCACGCAGGCUAAACGGAGGCCACAGAAAAGGUGCCGGGUCUGCUAUGAAAACCAAACCCGAAAGGAUACGAGGAAAAUGUGCAGCGGCUGCCGUGGCAACCCCGGAUUCUGCUGCAUCGAUCAUUUCAAUGAUUGGCACAGAGUGACUCGGUGAUCAUGAACGCAAACGUUUUGUUCUGUGAAUGCAAACAAGAUUCCCAGUGGGCAGAUUCCCAGGAGGGGGCUUCUAUGAUCUAUGAUUAUUUGUUGUAAGUAAGAGUGUUGGGAUUGUAUAAAUAAGAAUGGGGUUGGUUUUAAUGGGGAACCUGAUGCUCUGUGUGUAGCAGCCUGCCUGCUGUGUUUGGUUGUGGGAACGAGCUGUGCGUGUGUGUGUUAACCAGCUGCGCGCUCCUAAUCAGCAGGUGGGCGUGGCCCAGCAGAGCGUCAGGAUUAAAAGGGUCCUGAUUAUACAGAUUACGGCUGCUGAAAAGCCGUAGGGCGCAGAGCGCUGCUGCUGUCAAGGGACAAGGAGCUAGUUUCGGGAUAGCAGACACGUGUAGCAGCGGGACCUCCAUUUGUUAGCGGAGCAGCCCGAGCCAUCUGCACGGCACCAUUUUGUUUUUAUAGUUUUUGUACAGUGUUCAUUUUGCCUUUUGUACGCCGGGCCGUAUGUCCCACGUGAGCCACCAUUACUGGCAGUGUGACGUGGGGUUGUGUAUGUACUGUAUGUAAAUAAACCUGCGCGCCUGCGGGGCGUGUCAGUCCCAACC